UAAUAGAGAUCAGUGUUUGCAAGCCCAAUGAACCAGCGAAUGAUAGCCAAUGUUUGGUUGGUGAUUGUGAUUGGUGUAGGAGAAGACUUGUUUUUAGCCGUAAACAAGGUCGUUCUUUGUGUCAAAAAAUCAUUUUGUGACGAAGAAUCUGUUUUUGUUAUUUACAUUUUAGUAACAGACUGUCAUCAGCAGGUAACAAAGGUCGCAGUUCGUCUAUGUUAGUCUUAUAUCACAGUUGUUAACAAAUUCGUAAUUCAGAACGUUCCAAUGAGUUUGGAAGGAGGUCUCAACACAGAGGGAUCUAAUGCAGGAGGAAUAUUUGUCCAGUUCAAUCAAGAUUGCACGUCACUGGUAGCGGGCAGCAGUAGUGGGUACCAUUUGUUCGCAUUGACACCGGACGAUGGCGUGGAGGAGAUCUACGCGAGCCGGUCCGGGCAGGACACCUGCCUGGUGGACCGCCUCUUCAGCAGCUCCCUGGUCGCCAUCGUCACGGUCGCGGCGCCCAGGAAGCUGUAUGUGUGCCAUUACAAGCGAGGCACCGAGAUCUGCAACUACAGCUACAGCAACACCAUAUUGGCCGUCAAGCUCAACCGCUCCCGGCUGGUGGUGUGCCUGGAGGAGUCGCUGCACAUCCACAACAUCCGGGACAUGCGCAUCCUGCACACGAUCCGCGACACGCCGCCCAACCCGCGCGGCGUGUGCGUCCUCUCGCCCGACGUGGAGCGCUGCUACCUCGCCUACCCCGGCUCCAGCGCGCUCGGCGAGGUGCAGAUCUUCGACGCCGUGCACCUGAACGCCAAGUGCGUGCUGAGCGCGCACGACAGCCCGCUGGCCGCGCUCGCCUGGUCCAUGUGCGGCCGCCGGCUGGCCACCGCCUCGGAGCGCGGCACCGUCAUCCGCGUGUUCGCCGUGCCCGAGCGCACCCGCCUCUACGAGUUCCGGCGCGGCGUGAAGCGCUGCGUCAGCAUCGGCUGCCUGGCCUUCAGCGCGUGCGGCCAGCUGCUCGCCGCCACCUCCAACACGGAGACGGUGCACGUGUUCCGGCUGUGCGAGCCGGCGCGCGACGACGCCCCGCCCGACGGCUGGCUGGGCUGGCUCUCGCAGGCCGUCACCGCGGGCGCCGGCUACCUGCCCGGCGCGGUGGCCGACGUGCUGGCGCAGGGCCGCGCCUUCGCCGCCGCGCGCCUGCCCGCCUCCGGGCACCGCGCCGUCGUCGCCAUCACCAAUGCGGGGGGCGGAGCGCGGCUGCUGGUGGCGACGUCGGCGGGCGUGCUGUACGUGUACGCGCUGGCGGCCGAGGGCGGAGAGUGCACGUUGCUGCGCACGCAUCGCCUCAUCGAGGAUGCGGCGCCCGCGCACGGCGACACGCGGCCCCACACUGACGUGCCGGCGGGUGCCAGCUACGCGGGCGCACUGCGCGGCCGCACCGCCCACCACAUGACAGAUUCCGAGCGCGCGCAGGAGCUGGGCGCGGCCGUGGACAGCUCGCCCCCGCGCGGCGCCUUCGACCUGCGCGACCCCGCACACUUCCCGCCCAUGCGCGCCCCCCACCACGCCCCCCACCACGCCCCCGCCCCCGACACCGCGCCGCAGCCCGCGCCCGCAGACUAG